AUGUCUUCUGGCGCGCCUGCAAACCAGGACGAGCUCAUUGCAUCUCUCGCCAGUCUUACAGGCCUAGCUCCGGCAGAGGCAAAACAGUACCUCGCCGCCGCCAACUGGAACCUCGAGCACGCCGGCGCUCUCUACUUCGACGGAGCACCGGACGACGAGCACAACGCCACUUCGGCCAACGACCCGACAUCACAAGACAUCAUGGCCGGCGACAAUGACAACGACAACCAGACGCCCGCGCAGCAGCCACCGGGCGGCGGUCGCACACUGGGCGGUGCCUAUGUGCCGCCCACCGCAUCCAGCGCUUCGUCGGCGCAGCAGCCAGCAGUGCGGCGGAACCCGCCGUCGCGCGGAGUAGCAGGAGCGAGGACACUGGGAGAUCUGCAGUUGUCGGGCGGAGGCGGCCACGGCCACGCUCACGACGAUGACGAUUCAGAUGACGACGACGAGCAGCACGACUUCUUCACCGGUGGCGAGAAGUCCGGGCUUGCGGUGCAGAACCCCAACCAGUCGAACCCCCGCGAUCACAUCAACAAUAUUCUCCGACGUGCUCGGCAGAAUGCUCCUCGGCCAGGCGGCGAUGACGAGGAGCCUGCUACGCGAUUCCGCGGCACGGGAAUGACCUUGGGCGGCGACGAUGCGCCCUCUCGCGCUAUCCCCGACCCUACCGCCAGCGCCCCGAGCCUCCCACCCCGCGCACACCGAGAGCUGCACCUGUGGAGGGAUGGCUUCUCCGUCGACGACGGCGACCUCUUCCGCUACGAUGACCCGGCGAAUGCCCGCACACUCGAAAUGAUCAACACCGGCCACGCUCCGCUUCACAUCCUCAACGUCGAGCAGGGACAAGAGGUGGACGUCGAGGUGCACGCACACAAGGAUGAGGACUACGUCAAGCCCAAGAAGAAGUGGGUGCCCUUCUCAGGCUCCGGCCAGCGUCUCGGCAGCCCUACAUUCGGCGCAAGCUCGUCUGCUCCGCCGCCCGCACCGGCCGCAUCUUCGUCAGGUCCCACAGCCGCCGCAGGCACUGCCGACGCUGCGAAGCCCACCGUCAACGUUGACUCGAGCGCGCCCGUCGUCACACUCCAGAUCCGUCUUGCCGACGGCACACGCCUCCCCUCGCGGUUCAACACGACGCACACCAUCGGCGAUGUCUACGAUUUCGUCAACUCGGCCAGCGCGGCGAGCACACAGCGUCCGUAUGCGCUCAUGACGACGUUUCCGAGCAGGGAGCUCUCGGACAAGGCGCAGGCGUUAGGCGAUCUGCCCGAGUUCAAGCGCGGGGGUGUGGUGGUGCAGAAGUGGACAUGA